AAAAUACCAACAAACCAUAAAUACGUCAAAAAUCAUCAUUCGAACAUUGUAGGGCUACUACAAAUCGAACAAGUGGUAAAUACUCUGAAAAUAUAAAUUCAGUUGAUAAUCUAAGUGUUAAUAAUUACGCUCAUUAAAUGUCGUGAGUCGUAUAUGAACUAUCUUUGAGGAAUCGAUGCAGCGAUGGUUUUUGUGUAUGCACUGUACCUUAGUCAAGUAUUCAGUAUUAAGAAGGUGCGCUGUAUCCAUCUACUAGUAAAUGCAACGAUGGCAAUGACGUAGAAACGUUGGCCUUAUUUGUAUUUGCUGAUUAUCAAGUUGUACCAUCAAUUUUUGAUUAUCCAAACAGGCACUCUUAUCGAUGGUAAUUUAGCAAAACAAUGGGAAACUCUCAUAGUAGUAAGAGUGGCUCAAAAGCUACGAGUCCUGUGAUUAUAGCACCGAACAACGUUCAGCAAAAUCCUGCAGGGAAUAGCAGUAACAACACUACCAAAGGUAUGUCACGAACGGCUAGUGGGGCAGAUCUGCAAGAUCGUUCCCAAACUCCAAAUCAUCCGGUAGAGAAACUUGGGAAAAUAUUGGUUAAAAAGUGUGAUAGUGAAUACGGAAUCAAUGGUAUUACUGCAGAAGUUUUUGCUAGAUACGUUUUUCCGAAAUUCCCGGAAGUUGGAAAAAGGUUAUUCAAUUUUUUACGAUACAACAGUCGCGCUAAAACAGAUCAUAUGGGAUUGACGGCAUUCAGGCAACAAUGUGAAAAGUUUCUCGGUGUUUUGGACGACUCAGUUAUAUUGGAAAGUUAUGUAAAAAUGUUUGGAAAUCUAAGCGAAACUGAUCUAAUUAAGCCGGAGGACUUCAAAAAUCUGCUCAACACAUGUUAUAAUCUUGCCAUGGCCCAUUAUCAAGAUGGACCGCAGACGUGCCUACUUGGAGACGACGAAGAGUCGCUUAAUCGUACGCUAAAUUCGGUCGUGCAGUCUUGUUUCUUUUCGAAGGAAUCGCUUAGCUCCGGUUAUAUUUGUCGAUGGCUGGAGAACAAUGUACCCCGUCUAGUGCCACCGUUACACAAAUAUUGUGUCCACGCAUUGAGUACCUCACAUCGAAACAUAAUUGAUAGCAGCAUGACAAAUAAUAGCGAUACGGUAGUAUCAAUUCGCGCUAUUGCUGCUGGAGAAGCUAGUUAUGGUUUAGAGUUGCAAACGCCAAUCCUGGAGAAAGGAAGUCCAUGUUUCAAACCCAACGCAACAACUUCUAAUGGUUUAGCUCAUUCUUUGUCCGAGAAAACACGAGAAACAAUGAACAUCGCACAACCACUUCUUCCAAUAUCAGAAGCUUGGCUUCUGGCAGGUGCAUUGCCACCAACUUAUUCAAAACCGCAAUCGAUACAACCCCCCAUCAAUUCCACAUCGUCCAAUCUAGCUUCACAGGUUUUUAUGGCUAAACUGUUGUCAAUGGUUCCAUCGCAUUGGACUAUGCUGUAUGAUUCGCGAUUAGACGGUGCUGGUACUAAUCGUUUUUUGCAUCAUGUACUUGGCUAUCGAGGUCCAAACUUGAUACUAUUUCGAUGUGAUGAUGAUUUAUUGUUUUGUGUAGCAAAUGCCAAUGAGUGGCGCGAAACACAUUUGUACUUUGGCUCAGAGGAUAGUUGCUGCUUGCAGUUGCUACCAAAAUUCGUGAUGUUGGAAAAAAAAACAAAAAGUCUCUAUUUAAACACGCACAUUCGUGGUUAUCCAAAAGGACUGCGAGCAGGAUCCGACCCCCGAAAGCCAAUUUUAAUCGUGAACGAACAUUUUGAAAAAUUAGAACAUCGUGGGCUUCAGCACACUAUACUUUCUAUCGAAGUGUGGGGUUGCGGUGACCAGCAGCAACGUGACAUUCAACUGGACAUAAAGAAAUGGCAAAUCAAAGAAGCUGAACGGCAGCGAACAGUGAAAUUGACUGCCGCUGACUGGAUGGAUCAUCCUGACCGAUACCUUCUGGAACUAGGAGGACGACAAAACUAUAACAACUCGUCAUCCUAAUAGUGUGUCGGCCAACCUGACGGAAUACUUAGAUCAAAGUGCUUAUUUCAAAUUGAACCUGGUAGCACUUUUUAGUGCUACGGCAAACACAGUUAUAUUUACUUAUAAUUCAUAAACAGAUUUCUCUGGCGCUACUUAUACGUGCAUAAAUAUUAUUUGUUUCUACAGAAAA